AUGAUAUCUACCACCUGCGUUCUUCCUACUUCCUUUCAGUACCUUGUCAAUUCUCUAUCUACAGGCGAACUCGCACUUGUUUAUACACAGACGUAUUUUGUGAAUAUACGUCUGUCGUCACCGCUUCUCUUGUAUGAACCGUCAUAUCUAGAUGCCCGAGACUUCGCAGCGGUUUUUAGCCGGCCACGGAAGGAGCCCGGCCGUCGGGCUGGGUUGCGACCAUGGCAAAGGCUAACUUCCGAAAGUCAUUCGAUCACCACUCUUCAAGGCUCCACUCACUUCACUUUCUGCUACUGCCUUCCCCCUGCAGUUUCCAGAUCACUCCCGCAGCUUCCAGCACUCCUGCAGCCUCCAGCUCACUCCUGCAGCUUCCAGCACUCCUGCAGCUUCCAGCACUCCUACCGCCUCCAGCUCACUCCUACCGCUUCCAGCUCACUCCUGCAGCUUCCAGCUCACUCCUGUAGCUUCCAGCACUCCUGCAGUUUCCAGCUCACUCCUGCAGCUUCCAGCACUCCUGCAGUCCCCAGCUCACCCCAACAGCUUCCAGCGGCCUCCAGCUCACCCCUGCGGCGCUCUACUGACGUCCCGCUACCUAUUCCAGCACCCGCUGACGAUCUAAUCCAGUGCCCACUGACGUCCAGCGCCCGUUAA